UCCUGCUCAGCCGUUUCGGCCUUGGACAGCCGAAUGGUGUAGCCGACCAUGUCGAAGCGUAAAGCCGAAGCAGACAUCGGCGGAAUUGGGGCUGAAAUCGAGGGUCCUGUUUCUAAAAGGCUUCUGGUCGAAGCUCCGGAGCCUAUGGACGCCCAGAGUCAUGACCACGACGAAUAUGACGAUUCUACGAGCUCCUCCGGGGACACGGCAACCAAGGCAGAUACAGUCUACACGGCUACUACAACAGUCUCCAACCGGUCACGCAAAUUCCCAUCUGACCUCAAAAUCAUCAAGUGCACCUACCCGGACUGCGAGAAGACCUUCAACCGACCUGCCCGCCUAGCAGCCCACCUCCGGUCUCACACAGAUGAUCGGCCUUUUACCUGCACAUACGAUGGCUGCGACAAAUCGUACCGAGAGGAGAAGCACCUGCGCCAGCACAUCAAAGGCUCCCAUACGCAAGAGCGUGCCUACACAUGCACUACGGGCGGCUGCAACAAGUCCUUCUUGACCGCCACACGCCUCCGCCGACAUCAGGAGGUUCACACCGGUCAGGAGCGUUAUCGCUGCCGCGAAUACCCGCCCUGCGACCAGAGCUUCCGCAAGCACAGCACGUUGCAGCGCCAUAUUCGUGCCGAACACCAAGGCGGGCCCGCCUUCCUGUGCUCCGAAACCGGGUGCGGCGCUGGCUUCGACUCCCAGGGCGCCCUGCGGAAUCACAAGAAGCGCGAACACAGCGAACCCAGCUUCUGGUGCGACGAGUGCGCGCAGGAGGUAGGCGAGGAUGGCAAGCCGCGGCGUGUUGGAUUCGUCUCCCUCCUGCACCUGCAGACGCACAUACGCAAGGAGCACCUGAACUGCAUCUUCUGCGACCAGAGAUGCAAAGGCCAGGGCGAGCUUGAAAAGCACGUCGAGCUUCAUCAUUCCGAUAUCCCGCUCAACGCGCGCAAAACGAUCCAGUGCACGUGGGACGGCUGUGGGAAGAAGUUUACCAAAAAGAACAACCUGAAUGCGCAUGUCCGUUCCGUUCAUCAGGGUGUUCGAUUUAUAUGUGGCCGGGUUGACCAUUCGGGCACGGCUGACCUGAGCACCUGGUGGUCCAAUGAACAGGGCUGUGGUGCCAGUUUCGUGACGAAGGGCAACCUCGAGAUACACAUCCGACACGUCCAUCUUGGUGUCCAGCGACCAGGCCCCGUUCUCACAGCAUCAACAGAGUGCGGCAGCACACAGAGGAAGUGCAAGAAACCGACCGAGAAUAUCAUCGAUGCCAUCACGGGCGUCAACCGAAAUGUUGCUUGCACCGUCCCCGGCUGCUCGGAGCGAUUCAUUCGCCACUAUGACUUGGAGCAACACCUGGCCAACCACCCAGACGUGUCCACACCCUCCCUGGAGCGACGUGGCGAUUCCGAAUCUAAUGAUGCGGCGCGCAUUGAAUCCGUCGCGUGCGGUGCAGCUGGCGGCGAUGCUGCCAUUGACGGCGCCCACCGCGCCAUGCCGGAACUGCCUUUCCUAGGCAUGACGCAGACGAUCGCGUACCGCAACGAGCCCUCUGCGCCAAUGGGAUCUAUGUUCCCUCCCUUUCCGGACGAUGAGCAGUUCUGGUUCGGCGCCGGGGACGACUUCGAUUUUGACGUCCCAGGUGGGGGUGAUGCCUCCUGGCAGCGAGACGAGGCGGAAAUGCGUGCCCUUAUUGACGGGGAACUCGAUAAGCUUAUUGACCCUGCUUUGGGAGGGGCUUAAGCUGUGCAGCAAGGGAAAAUGGUUGUUCUGUACAGAAAGGCCAGAAAAAAAAAAGGAAGAAUUAUAUUCUAAUGACCGGUGGUGCUGUGAGAGGUUGGCGCACAAUGGGCACGAUGUAAUGACGAAUCUACUGAUACCCAGCUUGAUAGCUUAUGAAGGCCAUUACCGGCGAUUGAUAACUUGCGGGCUUAUGAUUCGGGAUUCCCCCGUGCAUCUUGCAGAUGUGCAUAUUUGACGUAUCAUAUGCCAUCAUGUUCUCCAGGUAUGCGUGCACAGAACUGGCGGUCAGUGAUUCCGACAUCACAGCGUCAUGGUGUCAUGGUACUCUUGACGCCCUGAUAUAUCAACCUAAGGAUGUUCAUUAGUUGCUACUUGGUCUACAUUUUUUUUGUAUGCUCGUUUUCGUCAGAGCUACCCAAAAGUUCAUUUCCUACAUGAUAAAACCCACGUCCACAAUGCGAGC